AUGCAGAAGAAGCCCCUGAAGAAGGACAUCCAAAAGAAGAGGCAGAACAAAGACCUGAUUGAACUGCAGGCCUUGAUUGACAGCCACUUCGAGGCCAGGCGUAAGGAAGAAGAAGAGCUGGUUGCCCUUAAGGAGAGAAUUGAGAAGCGCAGAGCUGAAAGAGCAGAGCAACAGAGAAUUCGGGCUGAGAAGGAGAAGGAGCGUCAAGCACGGCUUGCGGAGGAAAAGGCACGGAGAGAGGAAGAAGAUGCUAAGAGAAAAGCUGAGGAUGAUCUCAAGAAGAAGAAGGCUCUGUCGUCUAUGGGUGCCUCAUACAGCAGCUAUCUGGCAAAGGCUGAUCAGAAGAGAGGGAAGAAGCAAACAGCUAGAGAGACAAAGAAGAAGGUCCUGGCAGAGAGGCGCAAGCCUUUGAACAUUGACCAUCUUAAUGAAGACAAGCUGAGGGACAAGGCUAAGGAACUGUGGGACUGGUUGUACCAGCUGCAGACUGAAAAGUAUGAUUUCACUGAGCAAAUAAAGAGGAAAAAAUAUGAGGUGAGUGGAAAAGCCAUUUUUUUAAAUGAUACCAGCUCCAAAAUGUUAAAAUCUCCAAGAAUCAUCUGGCAAAAGCUGUACGAUGCCAAAAUCAUUUGAUUCUUUAGUGACUUUUUGGAAUAUUUAAGUAGAAAUGCACCUGGGACUAUAGUCCUCCUGAUGUACUUGGACUGGA